AUAAUUUGGUUUGAUACUGAAUUGAGUUAGGUAGUAAUUUACUAAAGCAGAUGGUGUGAUCUUGAUGUUUCUUGAAAUGGGUUCUUUUGCUUUUUUUUAAAUAAAGUUUAUUGAUAUGAUUUUGGUUUUUUUUUUUUUGUUUUUUUUUUUUUUUUUGCAGAAAGUUUGGUUGGAUAAAGGCACAGGAAAAGCUUGUGUUUUGAUAUCUUCCAAUGGAUUAGCGAUAACUGGGAUUGACGAUCGUAGAUACUGGAGUUGGAUUUCUACAGAGGAAUCCAGAUUCCGUUCAGUUGCUUAUCUCCAACAAAUUUGGUGGUUUGAAGUCGAUGGUGAGGUCGAGUUUCCUUUUCCUUGUGGGACCUACACCCUCUACUUCCUCCUACAACUUGGGCGGUCAGGCAGGCGGUUUGGGUGGCGUGUCUGCAACUCCGACCAUGUUCAUGGUUGGGAUAUAAAACCUGUGAAAUUUUAGCUUUCAACUUCAGAUGGGUAUGGCUCUAAACAUUUUCUAUGUAACGGACGCGAUUGGAAACCCGGUAUUACUUGGACAUUAUUGCUUGAUAAUGGAGCUGAUGUUAGUUCAGAAGCCGAAAAGCAGCGAGUGAUCAUGUGCUUAAAAGCCGCGGUUGAAAGAAGGGCACCCGAGGGUGUGCGUCUCGAGCUAUUCAAACCCGACAAACCCGGGCUGUUGGCCCAAGUGACACGAACGUUUAGAGAAAACGCGAUGAACGUAACACAGGCCGAGAUAUCUACAACAACGGAUUGUUGCAUUGCUGCUUGAUAAUGGAGCUGAUGUUAAUUCUAGGAAUUAUUGUGGCCAGGUGAUCAUUCUUCGGUUUCGAAAUCGACAUGGACAUCCAAUAUUAGCUCCGAAGAUAUGCUGACCGAAGUUCUGUCGUAUUUCACGCAACCAUCAAUACCGGAGAAGACGGAGCGUAUCUGGAAUUUUAUAUCAGACAUAUAGAUGGAAGCCCGAUUAGUUCAGAAGCCGAAAAGCAACGAGUGAUCAUGUGUUUAAAAGCCGCGGUUGAAAGAAGGGCACCCGAGGGUGUGCGUCUCGAGCUAUUCAAACCCGACAAACCCGGGCUGUUGGCCCAAGUGACACGAACGUUUAGAGAAAACACGAUGAACGUAACACAGGCCGAGAUAUCUACAACAAUGGAUUGUUGCAUUGCUGCUUGAUAAUAGAGCUGAUGUUAAUUCUAGGAAUUAUUGUGGUCAGGUAAUCAUUCUUCGGUUUCGAAAUCGACAUGGACAUCCAAUAUUAGCUCUGAAGAUAUGCUGACCGAAGUUCUGUCGUAUUUCAUGCAACCAUCAAUACCGGAGAAGACGGAGUGUAUCUGCCACAUUCAAGCAUCCUCCCUUUCAUUAUGCAACCUGUGACUGAAUAUCGGAAGACACCUGCCAACAUGAAGAAAACCACUGCUGUUGCUAACUGUUCAGAAAGUUUGGCGACUCUUGAAGAAAUAUUACACCAUGGUCGAGAAAAUAAGAAACACACGAAUGCUGAGUUCAAUUGUCGUGUGGUGAUUAAAGGCGUACGUAAUAGCGAAGAGUGGUUCAGACUUAUGUGUGGAGGAGGAAAAUGCAUGAAAGGUGUAUCGCGUGAUCACAGGGAGCUAUGGUGUGUUGGCUGUGAAAACCCAGUUAUGUUUCCCCGAGCAAGGUUCCAUCUUGAACUUGAUGUGCUCGAUUCCACGUCAAAUGCGGUCAUCGUGUGCUUCGAUGACACUGCACAGAUUCUAACAAGCACCACUGCUCAGUCUAUACUCAAUGUGGAAUCGGGUCUCUCGCAUAUCUACACUGUUUAUUCCGAAAGCAUUCAGGAUAACUUCACUCCAGUCAUGAUACAGAACUCUAACGGUAGCAUCUCAGCGAUCCCAAACUGCUUACACUCACUUGUGGGCACCACCCGAACCAUCCAAGUUGACACAUCCACAUACUACCAUCUUGGGGCCUUUGAGAGCUUCAACUGCAAGCGUGUGCUCCAAGACGAAACCAAUUGUCAAUCCGUUGGAUCUACCACUCCUACUCCCAUGACUAGGAAGGGUAAAGGGGUGAUGAUAAUACCAACACCGGUUAAGCUCAAAGAAACAAUCAGAAAGUACAUCCCUACUUAUGAAGGUUCUGAUUCAGAUGGUUCUAUGGGUAGCGCUCCAGGUGAAAGCCCUACUUAUGAAGGUUCUUAUUCAGAUGGUUCUGUGGGUAGCGCUCCAGGUGAAAGACAAGAAACUACUAAGGGGAACGCCGACUACAUGGCCAUGCAUUAGCGGCAGAAGAUUUCGUGAAUUAUUGAAUAAAUCCGGAAGUUUUAUGAACUCCUUUAAGUUUUUUUCCUGUAAUGUAUGUUUUUAGACUUGGCAUGCAUGUUUGUUCUUAAACAGAUUCCACAAACAAAGUUUCCUGUGCUAUGCACGCCUUAAAUUUUGUCUGGUCGGCUUAUGGUACAAGCUCU